CCGCCCGUCUGCCUUCAUUCCUCCCUUUCUUCCUCCCGCCCCGUACCAGCGGGUACCGGGCGCUCCCGAGCCGCAUAGGCCGGCAACGCCGCUGGCGCAGCGCGGGCCCGCGGGGGCCUCGGGCGGGCCCGGCCGCCCGUCCCUUAUUGAAGAAUGCGAGACCUAACGGCUCAGGUAACGAGCAGUCUGCUGCAGUUUCCAGAGGUGACUGUUGAGGCACUUGGGGAAGAUGAGAUCACCCUAGACUCUGUGCUGUGUGGGAAGUUUUCUGGAGGCAGAAGUGGCCUGGCGUGGCUGGCGUGUGGUCCCCAGCUGGAGGUGGUGAACUCAGUGACAGGAGAGCGGCUGUCUGCGUAUCGCUUCAGCGGAGUGAACGAGCAGCCUCCCACUGUUCGUGUGGUGAAGGAGUUUUCUUGGCAGAAGAGGACUGGGCUCCUGGUUGGCUUGGAGGAAGCAGAGGGAAGUGUUCUCUGUCUGUACGACCUUGGGAUCUCAAGAGUGGUUAAAGCAGUUGUUCUUCCAGGAAGGGUGACGGCCAUCGAACCCAUCAGCAACGAUGGCGGAGCCAGCGUGAGCACCCGGCACCUGCAUCAGAGUCUGCGAUGGCUCUUUGGAGUGGCAGCAGUGGCCACAGAUGUUGGCCAUGUCCUUCUGGUUGACCUUUGUUUGGAUGAUUUGUCUUGCAGUCAGAAUGAAGUAGAAGCGUCGGAUCUCGAAGUUGUCACUAGAAUUCCUGCUGAAGUUCCACAAAGAAGAGAAGCUGUGACUAGAGAAGGGAGGCAUCUCUGUUUUCAAUUACGAAGUCCUUCAGGAACAGCAGUAUCAACCCUGUGCUACAUAAGCAGAAGCAACCAGCUCGUUGUGGGUUUUUCUGAUGGCUACUUGUCACUAUGGAACAUGAAAACUUUGAAGAGGGAGCAUCACUCCCAGCUUGAAGGAGGAAGGAUUCCUGUCUAUGCAGUUACUUUUCAAGAGCCUGAGAAUGAUCCCCGCAAUUGUUGCUAUUUGUGGGCUGUUCAGUCUACACAACAAAGUGAAGGUGAUGUUGUGAGUUUACAUCUGUUGCAGUUAGCAUUUGGUGACAGGAAACGCCUGGCAUCAGGACAAGUCAUGUACGAGGGUUUGGAAUACUGUGAUGAAAGGUACAAUUUAGAUCUCACUGGUGGAAUCUUUCCCUUGAGAGGGCAGACCAGCAAUACUAAAUUACUCAGCUGUCAAACCAUAGAAAAAUUUCGCAACCAUGCUGACAGAGAGGAUAGCGUUAAUGAAGUAAUCUCUCCUGACACCAGUGUAUCAAUCUUCAGCUGGCAAGUGAAUACCUAUGGUCAGGGAAAACCAUCUACUUAUUUGGGUGUGUUUGACAUCAAUCGCUGGUAUCAUGCUCAAAUGCCAGACUCACUGAGGCCAGAAGAAUUCCUUCAUGAUUGCCCCUAUUUUGCACUGUGGUCACUGGAUCCUGUAAUAAGCAUGACUUCUCCAAACCUCAUUUUGGAUAUUCUGGUACACGAGCGUAGUCUAAGUCGGGGGGUUCCUCCUUCUUAUCCACCACCUGAACAGUUUUUUAAUCCAAGCACCUAUAAUUUUGAUGUGACGUGCUUGCUCAACUCGGGAAUUGUUCACAUGACUUGCACCGGCUUCCAGAAGGAGACCCUGAAGUUUUUGAAGAAAUCUGGUCCUUUAAUAAGUGAAGCCAUUCAUGACAGCUACACUCGGUGUCUUGUAGCUGGCUUGCUGUCUCCAAGACUGGUUGAUGUCCAGCCAUCCAGUCUGAGUCAGGAGGAGCAGUUAGAAGCAGUGUUGUCAGCUGCUGUGCAAACAGGUUCUUUAGAGCUUCUGACGGGAUGCAUUAAACACUGGACUUCAGAAGAGCAGCCAAGUUCUGCUGGAAAUUUACGGUUUGUUCUUGAGUGGACGUGGAACAAAGUGAUCUGUACAAAAGAUGAACUGGACCAAAUAUGUGUUCCACUGUUUGAUGGCUCCUGCAACUUCAUUGAUCCACAGACAUUACAGUCCCUUCAGCACUGCCAGCUGCUUCUGAGCAACCUCAGCACAGUCCUGAACUGUUUUCUAACAGAAGCCCGAGAGCUUACUGAGAAAGGUUUUUCAGACUUAACAAAUAAGCAGGUGGUAACCAGCCUCAUUUCUUUGUAUGCACAAGUGGUGAUCUGGUUCUGUCGAUCCAGUCUCCUUCCCGAGGGUUUAGAUGAUCACAUGCAUUUGUCUAGACCUUUCUACAAUUACCCUCUGAUUCAGAGCUACUAUACGGGUCACCGACAGAAACUUGAGCAUUUAUCAAGAGGAAAAUGGGAUUCUGACUGCUUGAUGAUUGAUGGAAUGGUUUCCCAGUUGGGAGAGCAAGUGGAGAAGUUGUGGCAGAGAGAUGAAGGCGGCACUGGGAAAUACCCACCUGUUAGUUUACAUGCACUGCUGGAUCUCUAUUUGCUAGAAAGCAUUGAAGAAAGUGACAAACAUGCAAUUACAAUUUACUUGCUGCUGGAUAUCAUGCAUUCCUUUCCAAAUAAAACAGAAACUUCAAUUGACUCCUUUCCAACUGCCUUUGCUAUCCCUUGGGGUCUUGUUAAGCUUAUUCAAGGGUUUUGGCUCCUAGAUCACAAUGAUUAUGAAAAUUCCCUGGCCCUGCUCUUUCAUCCGGCUACAAUCAAGACAGUGUCAUGGCAACACAUGAGGAUAAUUCAGUCCCUCAUGUGCCAGGGAGAGCACAGGCGAGCCCUCAGGUACAUCCAGAUGAUGAAGCCAUCGAUGUCCAGCAGCAGUGAAGUGCGGCUGCUCCUCACUGUGUUGUUGUCCAACAGUGUUCCCAUUCCUUUCCAUGUCCAAAACCUGAACUGCAGGUGCAUGGUGGAGGCUUGGAGUCUGCUGCAGCAGCACACCACGAAGUUAAACAUAGAAGAACUGCUGAAGUACAUGUAUGAAAUCUGUCAGGAGAUGGGGCUCAUGGAGGAUUUGCUGAAGCUGCCCUUCACAGACACAGAAAAAGAGUGUUUGGAGAAGUUUUUACAGGCCAAAUCUGGUGUUCAGAACCGUGAAUUCCUCUUAGUCCACCAUCUGCAGCAUGCCAACUACAUCCCAGCACUCCAGCUGAAUCAGUCCAUGAAGGCCAGUCUGACGAAUGAUCGUGAUCCUCGCUUGAGAGAGAGAGCAGUUGCCAGAAAUUCUCUGUUAGACCAGUAUGGCAAGAUCCUUCCCACAGUUCAAAGGAAGCUGGCAGUAGAGCGAGCCAAGCCGUACCGUUUGCCUUCGUCGGUCUUAAGAGAAGUCCCAAGGCCAAAGCCUUUAUCCACAGCAACAAGGCAAGCUAAUGCAGGAAAUGUACAUACAAGAGCAACUUUCAUCAGUAAAGUGUUGUCCAAAAUUGGAGAAGUAUGGUUAGGAAAUGAGCAGAAAACAAAUAUCUCACUAUAUGAUAGUCCUAGAACUACAGAGGCAGCAGUCAGUACACAUCCUCUCCCUGCUGCUGAGUUGCCUGAUGCAUUUCUUGGGACACCUAUUACAAAACUUUCUCAAAAGUGUUCAAGGUUGCUGGAUUUGGUGGUUCGUCCUGUUCCUUCCUGCGCUGAGGCACAGGAGGGGAACUGGCAGUCCCCAUGCAGGGCUUCUACUUCUUCUGUGGCGUCCAGCCCCCUGAGAUCAAAUACACAUCGCUCCAGCUCCCAAAAGAAUCUUCGAAGAGCAUCAGAGUUGAAUUUACUAGAAACUCCUCUUGUGGUCAAGAGAGCUAAAGUUUUGGCCACAUCUUCUGGUUUUCCUGGGUUUACUCCUCAGUCUAUUCUCAGGUCCAGCCUUCGCACUACACCCCUAGCAACUCCCUCUGCAUCCCCAGGACGAUCAGUUACUCCUCCUCUACGAGCAAAGGAACCUAGAAUAUCUUUCAGGGAAGAGAGCUCACAUGCUAAGUGGACUGUCGGGGUGACAGAAGACGAUAAAGCACUAUUUGGAGCUUCAUCUGAGCAUCAUCAUGGUUUGGUGGAGGAUGCUUGGUCUGAAAGUAGAACUAAACCAGCUCUGUUUACUCUGAGCAAUCCUGGGUAUGAUCAUGCUGAAUUACAGGAGUCUUUAGAAAACAUGCCUGGAGAUGAUUUGGAGAAGGUGGAUGUCAGCAAGGAAAAUAGUAAUUUCUCUGUCAGAUCAGACCAGACUACUUUGGAGUAUCAUGAUGCAAAAUCACCUGGUGAUUUUGAGGAUGAUGUCAUCUUUAUAGCUGCUAAACCAGCUAAUUCUUCCACUGAAGAAACUGUUGAUGUUCAAGAAAUGGAGAAAGAGGAAGAAAGUGAAAUGGCUGAAGAUAAACCUUUCCAAAUGAAACAACUAGAUCCUUCAGGACAAAGAAAAGAAGCAGGAUUUGUGGAAGAAUCAAAUGCUGAAUGUCAUACCCCUCCUGAGCAUAAGUUGGUGUUUAAAGCUGCUGAGGCUGCAACUUCUGGUGCUGGAAAUGAAGGUGAAACAACCUACCAGAAGUCUGAAAUGACUUCUUCAUCAGAAGAAAAAGCUAUACUGGUUGCAACAAACCCACAACUCACUGAAUCGCCGGAGGCAGACAGUGAAUCUGUGAUAAGUAUCCUUGACAGUGAGGACAUGGUCAGUACCCCAUCUGAAAAUCACCUUGAGGGCAAGUGUGUGGAUUUACCUGAAGAACAUAACCCUGAAGCAGCUGAAGUUGAAGAAGUCCCUGUUUCUAAUAGUCCACCAAAAACUGAGGAAAUUAAUGUUAUAGAAGAUACCCCAGAACCAGCACCUGAAACAUCACCAUAUAGUGAGCUAGAUCCAUCAAGUAAUCUUCAUUAUAGCUAUGAAAAUAUAGAGCAACAGUUUGCAUGUGAUUUGCCUGAUAACAAAGACAGCGAAUGUGAUGCAGCUGAGGGAGAUGGAGACCUUUUUCUGUCUCAGAGUAAUUUUACCUUAGUUUUGGAAGGAGAAGAAGGGGAAGCAGAGAUGGGAGACCCUACAUCAGUAGAAGCUUCUAAACCAGAUGACACAACAAGAGAAGAAAAGCCUGUGACUAAUUUAGGAAAUACUGAAAGCCAGGAACAUGUUACAAACUCAGUGUCCACUGUAACUGGUGAUCAGGAAUCUCAAAAUAUUGCAGAGUCACUCCCAUAUGUGCCUGAACCUAUUAAGGUUGCCAUUGCUGAGAACUUACUGGAUGUAAUCAAAGACACGAGAAGUAAAGAAUUUACAUCUGAAGUUGUAGAACAAUCUAUUCAUGAAACCAUAGGUAGAAAGGUAACUAGAUUCCAGAAGGCAAAAGCUCCCUUAACGCCUGUGCUAGAAGCAGAGGGAGAGGAAACCAGCAGACAUCAUUAUGGUAUUGCUCCUAGAACACGCACAAGGGGACAGCUGAAUAGAAGUCUGAGUGUUCUGUCAGCAGGCACUCAGCAGCUGCUGAAGACAGACAGCCCAGCUCUGCUUGGACUGUCUCCUCGGAGAAGUACCAGGCGAACAAAAGAAGCAUCUGAGACUCCCAGACUCCAAACAGAGGAAAAUGCUCAAGAGGAGCAAAUACCUGUGACGCCUGUUACUCCUAGGAGAGGUAGGAAACCUAAACUGUCCAAUUUAGAAAAAACAGAAAGCAGCCAUUCCGAUGGGCAAACAUUGUCUGACAGUACGGGGCCUGUUACUCCCAGAAGAGGAUUAAGGAGAGCAAAGGAAGCUGCAUCUGAACUCCAAGAAGAGGCUAAUGAGGAAACGCCUCUUGCUGAAGGCAGCAUUAUUGCUUCUUUCACUUCCAGAAGGACUAAAGGAGGAAAAAGUUUAGCUGGAAAUCUAGAAACUGGCAAGAUUGACACUGAUCAUAAAGUAAAAACAGCAGUCAGUCCUAGUAGAAGUGCAAGAAAACUGAAAAGCUUUAAUUUACAGUUUACUGAAGAUACUGUCAAGGAUCAACAGGUGCAGCUUAGUGACCAACUCCUUUUACCUGUGCAGAGUAAAAGAGGCAGAAGAAGAAAGAUUAGUUCAUCAGAAGUUUCAGAAAAUUCUGAUCUUGAUGUGUCUAAAUCGUCGCUUCCUCAAACAGAAUUUAAACUUCCUGUCACGCCUAGAAGAAGUGCUAGGAAGGCAGCACAGAAUCUCUUGGCAGACCCAGAGUCUACCUCUUCUCAGGAAGACAUACAAUCAGGUGUGAAAGUAGAAGUCCUUGGUACCCCUAAGAGAAGAACUAGAAGAAUGCCACACGAGAAUCCAGAAAAAAUGGAUACUCAUGAGCAAACUCCUGCAGAGCCAAGUGAGGAGACAACCACACCCAGGACGACCGUAAGGACAGGGCGUCGGGGCAGGAAGAGGAGGUCAGUGUCUGAGGAGACCUCCCAAGGAUCUGGUGGCAGUCCUCUGCUGCUUGAAGACAUAAAUCCCUCAGGACGGGAUCAGACAUCAAGAGCUCUGACAGAUCGUGUUACAAGAACCAGAUCCCGAAGGACUGCCAUCCAUCAGAAAGAGUCUCUUGAGGAAAAUGAGGCUUUCCUUUUCUCUCCUCCUCUGACAAAGCUGACAAAGAAAUUUGAAGCUGGAAAAACAGACCAUCCUGUCCAGUUUAAAGACUUAGACCCAGAUUUGUCUUCUCAAUUUGUCUUUUCACCCCCUCUUUUGAGGUCAAGGAGAAAAAAUGUAUCUAGCAUUUCCCGAAUUGUGAAAGAAGCAGAGCUUCCAGCUAAAGAGGAAGAGGAUACCAAAUCCAUAGAGUCUGGGGGAAAGCAAAAAUUGAAGAGAGGUAGAACUCCAAAAUCAAAAAUAAAGAAAGCAAGCAGAACCACAAAAGAAGGUUCUUGGUCACCUCCACCUGUCGAAAUAAAAUUUAUCUCUCCUUUUGGAAGUCCAGUGGAUGGAACAAAAACCAAACAGAAAGAAACUACAGAUGCAGCAGGGAAGACCCUAAGAAAGAACAAAAAAAGACUGUCUAAUUUUCCAAAGCCAGUUGUGCGCCGGAAGAUGCUGUAACUGUUUUUUUAAGUUUAUAAUAUACACCACUGUUUGUAAAGUCAUCAAAAUUGUGUGAAUUAGUAAAAAGAAGAAAAAUCAUCUAAUUUGGAAGAGCUAAUUUAUAUAAAUUAUUGUAAAAUUUCAUAAAAAAAUGGUCUUCAGUAAGUAACUCCAUAUGGAGUGUGAUUUCCUCAGUCAAUGCAGUUUUCUAUUUUAUAUUAAGACUUCAUACAUUUAUAUAAUAUGUAAAUACAGCUUAUUUUAGGAAUGUUAAAUAAAAUGUAUACUUCACAAUGUGCUUACUGUCUGAUAGCUUAUUGAGGGAAUAUUGGGUUGAAUGACCUGUAUUGCUCAGAACUUUUAAUGUUGGUUUGUGGGAGUUACAGACUCUCAAAAGUAUUCCAAAAGUUUUUUAAAGGUUUGUUUAGAAUUCCUGUAACAAGUAAACAUUUUAAACAUACCAGUUUUAAUUUUAAAAUUAUGUUUGACCUUCUGGCACAAGUAAUUGGACUUACAAUACAAACUGGUAAUUCCUUAUGUUCAUGGUUAAGUUGUACUGUAUUGAAGUCAGAAUGUAAACAAUUGUGUUUUAAGCUGUGCAAUAUUUUUUUUUGUAUUUGUCUUAAACUUUGGGAAAGCUGCUCUUUAGUUCAUAAAACCAGAUCACACCUCAGAUGUGUCAUUAUUUCUUAAAAUUUGUUGUCAGCAAGAAGUUAACUGUACAGAUGGUGUGAUGCUUACAAUAGCAUAUCAGAUUUAAAGGGAUACUACCCAGAUACUUUGAAAUUUGAGACAAAAUUAUUUUCGUAAUAUGACUGCUUCUAUAAUUGAAAUACUUGUUGUCUGUAAACAUGCUUCACAGUAUUUGAAACCUGCAUAUUACAGCACUGAAAACCUGAUGGUAAAACCUAUAUAAUAGUCUGAAAAAGGUACAAAAAUGUACAGAAAUCUCAGUUACAAACCAUAUUUUUGAAUAAUUUUUCAUUAAGUCUUGGGUUAAGAAGUAGAUGUCCCUAUAAAGUUUCAAUUUGUAUAAAUAAAGUGACAAACCUAUUCUUUUAAAAGCAGA